GGCGGCGGCGGCGACAGUUUGCGGUGCGCGGAACAUGGCGGGCGUGGGCGCCGGGGCCGCCUCGGGGGAAGGCGGCGGCGCGGACGGCCCCGAGCGCGACGGGCGCGGCGAGGGCGAGCAGCCGGGCGGCGGCCGCGGGCCGGCCAAGGCGCCGCCGCAGCACACCGAGACGCUGGGCUUCUACGAGAGCGACCGGCGGCGGGAGCGGCGCGGCGGCCGCGCAGGGCUUUCACUGUUGAGAUUCCUCAGUGCUGAGCUAACAAGAGGAUACUUCCUGGAACAUAAUGAGGCCAAAUAUGCAGAAAGAAGAGAGAGAGUGUACACCUGCAUGCGAAUACCAAGAGAACUGGAGAAGCUCAUGAUCUUCGGGUUCUUUCUGUGCCUGGACGCGUUCCUGUACGUGCUCACCUUGCUUCCUCUGAGAGUCUUCCUGGCACUGUUUCGCCUCUUCACUCUCCCCUGCUACGGCUUAAGGGAUAGACGCCUGCUCCAGCCCGCCCAGGUGUGUGACAUUCUGAAAGGGGUCCUUUUGGCUAUCUGCUAUUUCAUGAUGCACUACGUCGACUACUCCAUGAUGUAUCACCUGAUACGGGGGCAGUCGGUCAUCAAGCUCUACAUCAUCUACAACAUGCUCGAGGUAGCAGACCGUCUGUUUUCAUCAUUUGGACAAGAUAUAUUGGAUGCUCUAUACUGGACAGCCACAGAGCCUAAAGAAAGGAAAAGGGCCCACAUCGGGGUGAUUCCUCACUUUCUCAUGGCUGUUCUCUAUGUCUUUCUGCACGCGAUUCUUAUUCUGGUUCAGGCAACAACUCUCAACGUAGCUUUUAACUCACACAACAAGUCACUGCUCACCAUCAUGAUGUCUAACAAUUUUGUUGAAAUUAAAGGAAGCGUUUUCAAGAAAUUUGAAAAGAACAAUCUUUUUCAAAUGUCAAAUAGCGAUAUUAAGGAACGAUUCACAAAUUAUGUGCUCUUGCUAAUAGUGUGUUUAAGAAACAUGGAACAAUUUUCUUGGAAUCCAGAUCAUUUCUGGGUGUUGUUUCCAGAUGUCUGUAUGGUAAUCGCAUCGGAGAUUGCUGUGGAUAUUGUGAAACAUGCCUUUAUCACCAAAUUCAAUGACAUUACUGCAGAUGUCUACAGCGAAUACAGAGCCAGCCUUGCUUUUGACCUUGUUAGCAGCCGACAGAAGAAUGCGUACACCGACUACAGUGACUCCGUGGCCCGCAGGAUGGGCUUCAUCCCGCUCCCGCUGGCUGUCUUACUCAUCCGAGUUGUAACAAGCUCAAUUAAAGUGCAAGGAAUCCUGUCUUAUGCCUGUGUCAUACUCUUCUAUUUUGGGUUGAUAUCCCUGAAAGUGCUGAAUAGUAUCGUGCUCCUGGGGAAGUCGUGCCAAUACGUCAAAGAAGCCAAAAUGGAAGAGAAGUUGUUUCAUUGUCCCCCAACCAGCACUCCAGGCAAACCCCCCACCUCCUCGCAGAGCAAGUGUCCGCCCUCCCAAGAGGAAACCCUGUCCGCCUCAGUUGCCAGCCAGCCCCUUCAUCCCAAGGAGAAUGUCGUUCCUUUACUCGUGACCAGCAACUCCGACCAGUUCCUGACGACACCGGACGGCGAUGAGAAGGACAUCAGCCAGGAGAACUCGGAGCUGAAGCACAGAUCGUCCAAGAAGGACCUGCUGGAGAUCGACAGGUUCACGAUCUGUGGGAACCGCAUCGACUGAGCUCCGCCAGCGCGGGCUGCGGCCAGGCGCUGCGAUGCUCCAGUGGCACUUAAAUAUUUAUUUAAAAACUUAAGUUAUUAACGGAGAGCAAAUCUAAGUAUCUACCUUCCAGGCAUGUGGUCUGGCCGAAGGUCAGGUCGGAGAGCGGCGGGACCUGCGCCCGGAUGCUGGGCCGGGGGCGCCCUGGCCGCCAAGCGGCAGAGCGAGCGGCUCGGCUUCCCAGGGCUCCGGCCUGCGCCAGACCCUCCGCCCAGUCACUCGAGCUUCCGAACACUGAGCUUUGCCUUGUGGCCUCUUCAGUAUAAGGAUGUACCUGGAAAACUGUGACGCUUUGCCCGCGACACACGACAUCACCGUCCAGCCUCCUUCUGUUCCCAUCAGCAGUUUUCAGACUUGACUUCAUCUGCCAAAGCAUUUAAAAACACAAAAGUAAACUUAAGAUAAAUGUUCCUUCCACCAGAAUGAUCUUUGGAGACGUAUCUGAAUUAAUCAGAAUUAAAAAGAGAACAGAAACUCCCUUGAAGAAGACAUGAUGAAUAGUAGCAUUUUAUAGGGGGGGGGGGGGGUGAGGGGUGGGAGAUACCCUAAAUCCCUAAAUCAGUUUGUUUAUUUAAAAAAUAUUAAUGAAGGUUGCGCAUCUCUAAGAACAUAUUUCAUCGUUUUUAAGUUUACUCCAUAAAGCAAAAUGUGAGCUGUGUUUUAAUUGCAGUAGAUAAAAUAGAACUCUGAUAAAAAAAAAAAAAGGCACUUUUUAUACUGAAUAAGCAGAGAGCAGUGUUAAUUUGAAUGUAUGGGUAACUGGUUUCCCUUGAAAACUAAUCGUUUCAUCAGUUGUUACACGUAAAGGGUUUGGGUUGUUGAAUGGGCUGAAGAAUCGUCCCUGGACAAAACUCAAAGGGAUACACUUUGACUCCGGGGUUCUUAAAGCGAACGAACGUCCUAGGUGGGUUGAUUGGUCAACGUAGCCUUGCCGGGGGCACAUGCAUUGCACUCUGCCCUCCCUGCCUCUCCUCAGGGGGAUGUCCAGGCGCGCCCGCGCGCUGUGUGUGUGUGUGUGUGUGUGCGUGUGUGUGUGUGUGUGUGUGUGUACACCCCUCCCUGACUCUCCUCAGGAUGUCCAGGUGCACCCCUGCUGGGGGGCGGGAGGUAUAUGUGAAUGUGUGGGGGCAGGCAGGGCCGGCUGGAAGAAAACGGGUCUCUGGGGCGGUCUCUGUGGCAAGUGUCUGGGGGAGGGGGCCUUGUUUGAUCCUGCCUCCAUUUCUGCUUACGCUCUAGUUUGUGGCCCACAGCACAGGGCAAAUUAUUCACACCACCUUUUUUUUUUUAAUUUCUCCAGAAACCUUCCUUUGUUUCCAUGAAAACUUUCCAGUGUCCAAAAUUCAGAAUGUCCAGAUGUUGCUGAUGAGUGUUUUUCCUUUGAUGUUUUCAUGUUGAAGUUCAGGCUUUUGUACUGAUGUUUCAGGCGUACGAUAAGCAGGUGGUGAAUUUUAGAUGGUUUGUGUAUUUCCGGGAGGAGUGUAAAGCGAGCUCCAGUGCUUCGUUCUGUGGUUUCAGACACAAAAGUGAAUGUUAAUGUUUUAUAUGAACUGAGGAAGCCUUGGAGAUUGAUGUCCACUCACAUAGGGUGAAAGAGCAGCGUGCAGAUAUGCAUCUGUGCAACUACCAAGUAUUUUAAGUUAAAAAAAAAGAUUUCUAAAUUGCUCAGUGUACGUUUCAGUGAAACCCCAUUUUAGAAUCACUCUUCUUUUUCCAUUCUCUCUUCACUACCAAAAACACCAGUCCACGGUGAGUGGGAAUCAUUUGAGGCAAACCUUGUCAAACACAGCCCUAAUCAGAGCAGACACAUGGUUGGGGCUAUCUCUCGGUUCCGCUUGAAUUAUUCUGCUAUUGUGCUGUCAUUUUCAGAAGAAUUUUAUUUCCUUUGCAGGAUACAUUGGGAGUUUGGAAUGAUGUUCAUUUCUUCUGUUACAAUGGCAUUCAAUACUAAUUUUAUAAGUGCAUCUUGUGUGAAACUCAAUAAAUCCAAUUUUGUAAUCUUUUUUAAAA